AUGAACAAUCAAGAGCAAGGUCAAAAUCAAGAGAACCCGCAACCGAAGGAUAGAAUUAAUCUAAUUUCAGGCUUAGACGAUUUGGCAGCAAGGAGUGAACAAGCUUAUCAAGAACAAAAGAAAACUAGAGUACACAAUGAUAUCUCACGUCAUGAAGUCAAAGAAAAUAAAACCAAUCCACUAGAUAGUCCAGCUUUCAAUGUUUUUAGAGAAAUGAAACAAGAAGUGUUGAUUAAAUUUUUAAAUGAAUAUCAAUCCAAACUUCAAGACUUAUAUGAAGUCAAUGUUUUGAAUAAAGAAGAUAAAUCGAAGCUAAAUACACCAGAUAAUUUGGAACAAGGACCAUCAAAAAAAAGUAACCAGCCAAAAGAUGAUGGGGUUAAAACUGAACCUUCGAAAUGUUCAGUUUGUGAUACCACUUUUGGAAAAUAUCAUCAUCACCUCAUGAAUCACAUAUUAAAAAAGCCAAUUUGUUUAUUGAACCAUAUUUUGAAACCCAAUGAUCUAAAUGAGGUAAUAAAUCCACCUUUGAAAAGUAAUAAGACUAUUGAAGAAGCAAUGGCAGAAUCCACAAAACCAAUUCCAUUAAUUAAAAGAAAUGAAUAUUGUUGUUACAAAUGUAAAGAAGAAAUGCCUAAUCCUAAUGAAUUACAGACCCAUAUAGAAAAACAUCAUUUACCAAAUAAUUACAAAUGUCCAGACUGUAGAAGCAUCCUCACCUAUAAAAAAACAACUCACGAAAGCUGUGCAGCAAACAUUAAAAGAAAAUUAGACUUUUGUCAAAAAUUUACUGAAUUAUCAAUUCUUUUGUUACUUUUGAUUAAUAAUUUGACUGAAAAUGACACAGAUUUGGAUUCUUGGUUAAAAAAUGAAGCUAGUAAUUGUUUUAAAGGUCCAUCUGAACCACACAUAGACAAGGUUCUUCAAAUUAUUGGUAAAAACAAUCAUAAUGAAUCAAAUCUUUCUUUGAAAAUUGCAACAAAUAUAUACUCAACUUUGCUGUAUGGUGUUAGAAAUGCUGAUGUCAAAUUAGAUUCCAUUGAAGAUACUUUUAAAAAAGGGACUAAAAAACUGUCACGUCAAUCAAGAAAACGAAACAGGGGUAACUCUUUGAAAGCUGACGGAAAUGGAGCUUUGGCUAAAAAAAGAUGA